UUUGACGUCAGUUCCGGUGGGUCCCGGCGGUUUGGCGGACGGGUUAUUCUCGGUCGGGUUGCAGCCUCCAGGAUGACGACGCUGCGCGCGUUUUGUUGCGAUGAUCUUUUUCGUUUCAACAACAUAAAUUUGGAUCCACUUACAGAAACUUAUGGGAUCCCCUUCUAUCUACAGUAUUUGGCUCAUUGGCCAGAGUAUUUUAUUGUUGCUGAAGCACCUGGAGGAGAGUUGAUGGGAUACAUAAUGGGGAAAGCUGAAGGAUCAGUGGCAAGAGAGGAAUGGCAUGGACAUGUAACAGCAUUAUCUGUAGCUCCAGAAUUUAGACGUUUGGGACUAGCAGCUAAAUUAAUGGAACUGCUGGAGGAGAUAUCUGAAAGAAAAGGUGGAUUCUUUGUGGAUCUAUUUGUACGAGUAUCGAAUCAAGUGGCUGUGAACAUGUACAAGCAGCUUGGCUAUAGUGUCUACAGGACCGUGAUAGAGUACUAUUCAGCUAGCAAUGGAGAACCUGAUGAAGAUGCUUAUGAUAUGAGGAAAGCCUUAUCAAGAGAUAAAGAGAAGAAAUCAAUAAUACCUCUACCUCAUCCAGUUAGGCCUGAAGAUAUUGAAUAGCUUUAAGCUGUGGUUCUUGGGUAAUGUACAAUUUGAAGAUGAGCACAGAGAGAAAAUUACAAGGUAAUUUUGAAUAUUUUUGUUGGACUCUAAAUCUGCUUGUGUUUCAAUAUGUGCAUAAGUUAUAUGUUAUGUCUUAAUGAUAACUUUGAGGCCUAGCAUUCUAUAUUUAUCUUUUAUAGGCCCAAGAGCCACAGCUUUAUCAGGAAAUGUUUAUUAAUUUUUCCCCUUGCAGAUGCACUGUGUAUGUAUGCAGAUUUUUUGUACAUACUUAAUAAAGAUUUGUGUGAGAUUUAAUUUCUCAUGUGUAAUAGACAGUAUAUUUGGUAUCCAAAAGUGCAGCAAAAACUGUUCAUCAUUAUGUUGCCGGUAGCUCUUCUUUUGGUGCUGGAAUGUUUGUUUAAUUUCAUAGUUACAGUUUGAAGUUGUUCAGGCUUCCAGAUGAGGAUCAUCUAUAACUGGAGUAUGAGACUAAAGUUUUUAAUUUUUUUUUAAAACACACUGGAAAUGCAUACAAGUGUGAAUAACUGUGUUUAUACAAGGAAGAAAUACCAUCUAAUAAAUUUCAAUUGAUAA